AUGUCUCUCAAUUGGGUAAUGCUUGAUGACCAGGACGGCUUCGUCCGUCUUCCCAACGAACGGUUGAUCUACUCCUCCCCUCCUCGUACUAGUGUCUCUUUGACUCCGCCAUCGGGAUACAAGGGCACAGAAAAACUUUCAAUUCAAAGCAGUGCCGGCUGCAUUCACCUCACCAACCAAAGAGUCAGUAACUAUUCAUGUCCAUAUCUUCCCCCUUUUAACACUCGACAGGUUGUCUAUCUUCCCACAUCCAGAAGCAAUGAUUUCCAGUCCUUCUCGUCACCUCUUUUGAAUGUCCGUGAUUCCCAUGUAUCUGCGCCAUUCUUUGGACCGAAUGUAUGGACAGCUCUGGUGCAACCAGUAGCUGGGGGUGGCAUUUCACCGUCCCUGCCUGCCGUUCAAUUGAAAGUAACAUUCAAGGAGGGCGGAGCCUUUGACUUCCACACCAACUUUGAGCGGAUCAAAGAACGACUUGAGCAGGCUGUGGAAAACACAAGCGAGGGGACUCGGGGACAACAAAACGUGGAUCUCUCAGCAGUUCAUUUGGAAGAAUUGCCAGCAUAUGAAGCCCCGCCUAAUGCUAGCCAAAACGCUAGACCCAUCGAGACACCAGAAGAGUCGCAAAGCAGUCGAGCAUCUGACACAGGUACCGAACCUGUUGAGCCGCCUCCUUGUUACGAGGAGGUUCAGUCGCAGAGUGUAGCCCACGAGCUGGAGGAGAGGCUGCGACGGGCCACCUAA